AAUACCAACACGUCCAGCUGCUAUUGAUCUGCGAACAGACCAUAUAACUCCAAGAGACAUUUCCAACAGAGGUAGGAAACCACUGAGGACUUUCUUCAAGUUUGACUGCUGUGUUUUCAUCUUCACUUGGAAGGACAAUGUCUGCCCAAUCAGAGGAAGAUCUCUCCUGUCCAGUCUGCCAGGAUAUUUUCAAAAAUCCUGUUAUCCUGUCAUGUAGCCACAGCUUCUGUAAAGACUGUUUGAAGAGCUGGUGGAGAGAGAAACCAACACGUGAGUGUCCAGUUUGUAAGAGGAGAUCCUCAAGAGAACUCCCACCUUCAAACCUGGCUCUAAAGAACCUGUGUGAGGCCUUCAAACAGGAGAGAGAUCAGAGAUCUUCGGAGUCUCUCUGCAGUCUGCACUCUGAGAGACUCAAACUCUUCUGUCUGGACCAUCAGCAGCCAGUUUGUGUCGACUGCAGAGAUUCAGAAAAACACACCAACCACAGAUUCAGACCCAUCCAUGAAGCUGCUCCACAACACAAGAAGAAACUUCAGGAAACUCUGGAGCCCUUAAAGAAGAAGUUAAAGCGUUGUGAAAAAGUUAAAAAGGAGUUUGAUCAAACAGCAGAACACAUUAAGGUCCAGGCCCAACACACAGAGAGGCAGAUUAAGGAGCAGUUUAAGAAGUUUCACAAGUUUCUAGAGGAGGAAGAGGAGGCCAGGAUCACUGCUCUGAGGGAGGAAGAGGAGCGAAAGAGUCGGGUGAUGAAGGAGAAGAUGGAGGCUCUGAACAGAGAGAUAGCAGCUCUGUCACACACAGUCAGAGUCACAGAGGACGAGCUGAGAGCUGAAGACGUCUCAUUCCUGCACAACUACAAGGUUACAGUGGGAAGAGUCCAGCAGCGCCUCCUGCUGGAUAAUCCACAGCUGGACUCAGGAGCUCUGAUAGACCAGGCCAAACAUCUGGGCAACCUGACCUUCAACAUCUGGAACAAGAUGAAGGACAUGGUCUCCUACAGUCCUGUGGUUCUGGAUCCAAACACUGCUCAUCCAGACCUCAUCCUGUCUGAGGAUCUGACCAGUGUGAGACAAGGACAGAGACAGAAGCUUCCUGACAAUCCAGAGAGGUUUGAUAAAUACCUUGUUGUCCUGGGCUCCGAGGGUUUUAACUCAGGGACUCACAGCUGGGAUGUUGAUGUUGGUGACACUAAAUUCUGGUUUUUGGGAGUGGCUACAGAGUCUGUGAAGAGGUCUGAAAUAUGGAGUGUAGGAUUGUCUUAUGGUAAAUAUAAAGCUUUCCCCCCAUCAGGCCGACCAGUUUUUCUGUCAGUGACGGAGAAGCUUCAGAAGAUCAGAGUUGAGCUUGACUGUGACAGAAAGAAACUGUCUUUCUCUGAUCUCGAUGCUGAUGAGCACAUUUGCACCUUCAAACGCACUUGUGCAAAGAAGUUGUUUCCACUCAUUGUCAAUGGAGAUGAAUUCCCCAUUCAGAUUUUACCAGCGGAGAAUGAGGAUGAUGACAGCCACAAUGACAGCGACAAUGACAGUGAUGAAGAUGAUGACAGUGAUGAUGAGGAUGAUGACAGCGACAAUGACAGCGAUGAUGAUGAUGAUGAUGAUGAGGAUGACGACACUGAUGACAGUUACCAUGAAAAAUGUAAAAAACUGAUGAAAAAUAUAAGGAGAUUAAUGUCUUGAGUAAAUAUGAAAACAUUUCCAACAUACAGACGAUCCUGUAUGAGACAGAGUAAGAGACACUUUAUUUUGGUGAUUCAGGAACUGAUGACAAAAUAUCUUAUAUUUUGAUUUGCUCUUUAUUUUAAUAUAUUACUAUUUACUCUUGAUAGUCCUGUUUUUUUUUUUUGCCUUGCUCCUGUUGUUUCUUUAUUGAUCCUUGUUAUAUACUGUAGGUUGCUUGUGUAUUUUUGAAAGGAUUUCUUCCUCCUCUUUGGCGCCCCCUCCAGUUGGUCUAAAUGCCGAUAAACAGCCAUGAAAGAUCAUUUUGGGGGUAGAAAUGAUGUAAAGUUGGUGGUUUAGUAACUGAAUCUGUCACUACUGUUGCUUUCAUUGUAAAUCAAAAAAAUCAGAUACAUGUAAACAAAAUGUAAAUUUUAGAUUACUGGAAUAAACUUACUCUCAGUUUCUCGUCCACAUUUCUAUUGGAAUAAGUGUUUUAUGGUAAUUAUAAAGCGAAGAAGAUGAAUAAUUAAACAGCUGAAUAUUUCAGCCAUGGAUGGUCUUUGUACCACGAGCUGUUGAAAGCUCUUUCCCUUUCACAUCUCUCUGACAAGUCCUGAUAAACCGGUGAAGAUUUUAACCAUAGUUCAACAUGUGCAGGGUCACUAUUUGAAACACAUACAACACUUCAGCACCACAAAGUAUUACUUAAUCGUAAAAACAAAAACCCAAAAAAGAGCAAAAGAAAGUCACAUUUGUGUCGUUCUGGAGCUGCAUUUGUUGUCUGUCCCAACCCUGGAUCUUUAGUUAUUAGUGUAGACAAUAAAUAAAUAUAGUUUUUACACAGAGUUGAUCCUUGUGAUAAAACAUCUGAGUUAUUUUAAAGCAGGUUACAAUCUUUAGUUUUGAAUUCAGUUUGAUUUAGAUUAUGUCUGAAAAAUCAAAGUUAGACCUGAACAGUUUAUUUUCUGCCUCCCUGAGUCUUUGUUUCUCUGUCACCUGACUCGUGGCUGAUUCUGAAUCAGUUUCUUUUCCUCCUUCCUCUUUGUCUUUAGAUCUUGAAUCCUUUGCAUCAUCUUUAUUACAGCAGUGGCUGGUGUUGUGGGUAAACAGCUGAUGAACUGUGGAGUCACUUUCAAACCAACUGAAACCAGAAAGCUGCAACAAAGCUAAUUAACUGAACAGUUAAAACAACUCCAUGUAUUAAAUUACAUUCACUGUCUGUCCCAUCCUGCUGGU